UAUGCAAAUGGGUGCAAUCGGCAAUAAUUAUAGAUUCAAGGGGUGAAACUUGUCAUUUUGACAACUUAAGAGGACAAAUUUGAGAAACGGGUUUAGUUUGAGGGUUACGUGGCAAAUUCCUGUAGUUGGUCGUUACCAGCAGCAUAGAAUCGAGGUGUGUGUAUUUUAGUGGCAGACGAAGCUCUCUCCCCCAGCCAUGACUUCCGAGUUCUGACUCAUUCUCCGUUGCCUCUUCCACCGCGUGCAUCCAAGGAAGGACUCCACGCGGUGUUACCGUUCAAAUCACAGCUACACGCACGCCUACAACUCCGAUCACUUUCCUUAAAUCGAUUUUACGCAUUUACAGUUCGAUCGUGGCGACUGAUUAAUUGGAAUUCUGAGAUCGUUGUGAAAAUGGUGUACAAACGAACAUAUUAGCUGUUUGAGUGGCUGCGGCUGCUGCUUCUCUAAUUUUUCCGUCUAACUCUGAGCUGGUAUGCUGAGUGAAAAAUCGUUGAUCCUUGGAUAGAUGUUGAAGGGGAGAUCUACUGAUGCGUUGAUAAAUAAUUAUUGUGGACGUUGACGCAUGUGAGUCUUGGCGAUCAUUGUGAUAGAAACAAGGACAUGAAUUGCAGCUGUUGUGUUGCCUCAACCGUGCUUCGGAAGAAAAGCAAGAAACGAGAUAAGCAAUCCAUAGAAGAACAAGAAGGUGCCUCAGUUGUAAAUACCAAAAGCUUCUUAUACAACGAACUACGAUCGGCAACAAACAACUUCAGUCUUACCAACAAAAUAGGGCGAGGUGGUUUUGGUACAGUUUACAAGGGAGUUCUCAAAAGUGGAACACAAGUUGCAGUGAAGAAGCUUUCUCUGGAAUCAAAUCAAGGAGUACGCGAAUUCUUAACAGAGAUCAAUACUAUAUCCAAUGUUAAACACCCAAACCUCGUCGAACUACUCGGUUGUUGUAUUCAUGGACCACACAAGAUGUUGGUGUAUGAAUUCGUCGAGAACAACAGCAUCGAUCGCGUACUACUAGGUCCAAGAAGGUCUCUAGAAUUGAACUGGGCGAGAAGGUCUGCCAUUUGCGUGGGUACUGCCAAAGGACUUGCAUUCCUUCAUGAAGAACUUAUCCCUCACAUUGUGCACAGAGACAUCAAGGCUAGCAACAUACUUCUCGACAAGGAGUUUCACCCGAAAAUAGGAGAUUUUGGACUGGCUAAGCUAUUUCCAGACGACAUAACCCACAUCAGCACACAAUUAGCUGGAACAACGGGUUACUUGGCUCCCGAAUACGUUUUGGGCGGGCAGUUAACCAUGAAGGCUGACGUCUACAGCUUUGGUGUUUUAAUGCUCGAAGUUGUAAGCGGCAGAAGCAGCGCGCACGCCAAUUAUGGAGGCGCACGGAUGCUGUUGAUCGAAUGGGCAUGGGAGCUCUACAAAGAAGAGAAGCUUCUGGAUAUGGUUGAUGAAGAGGUGGGAGAGUUCCCAAAGGAAGAGGUUCUAAGGUACAUAAAAACAGCUCUAUUCUGCACUCAAGCAAAUGCUAGCAGAAGGCCGGCGAUGAGCCAGGUUGUCGAGAUGCUUACUAAAAAUGUGAGGCUUAAUGAAAAGGAGCUCACGCCGCCCGGUUUCUUUGAGGAUUCCGGGCGGCGCAGUGGUGGCCAGACGAAGGUGUAUAAGUCGUCGGACACUUCGACUGGCCAGAUGAGCUCUGCUCCUAUUUCUAUUACUCAGGUAACCCCGAGAUAAUAUAAGAUUAGAUAAAGAUAGAAAUUUAGAGAACUGCUGCUGCUGAAAUUCAGCAACUAUUCAUUGCUAUCCGUUUUUUACAAUCUUCAAAUAUGCAUAUUUGUAUCAUUGUAUAUGUAUUGCACACUGAUUUGUUGUUGAUGGUCUAAGAACCAUCAAAAUUAUUAAGUGAUCACAAAUAAAUUACAAAAUUAUUUUCAAAAUCCAUUUCUUUUUUUGUCAACUGUAAAUUGCAUGGUCGUAAUAUGGGUGCGGUGCGGCGCAAGAGUUCUAUCCCUUCGACUAGCAGUAAUAACUACAACAUUUAUGCUGCACUCAACCAAACAAAGAACACCACAACACAUUACAAUACCAGAAUAUGUAAACCAUUCUACACAACUACAAGAAUAUUAUUCAUAAGCUGAAAUUUCAACACAAAGUGCCAUAUCCGGCCAAAAGAACCUAAACACCCCCCACCCCACCCUCAGAAAAAGAAUA